AGCUAGCUCAGAGAAAGCUCGAACUAUUAUUAACUCUUUCAGCGUUUUGCUAGCUAGUUAUCAAACUAGUCCGGCCACUAUGAGCAGCAACUCACAGUCACCUACCAUCUCCAGCUCUGAUGAGGAGCCACCAUUCCAUAUGUCAGAGCAGCCAGGGGUGGAGGUAGCCCACCUCUCUAAGAGCACCAAGCCUGCACCACAGAAACACACACCAGCCUUUACACAAAGUCCUCAUUUGGCAGCUACCUGUCGAUCAUCACGUUCGAGCACUAUAGCCAGUCAAGCUUCCAACACGGAAUCCCUUCAACACGGCGUAGGUGCAGCUAAUGAGAGGACUCCCCUAGUCACUGAGCCUGACAACAAGCACCACAAUCGGAAGGAAAACUUUGUCAACAAUUACAAAUCAGAACUAGAGCUCCCUCCAAGGACCCUGUCCCCUGCACUGCCCAACACUAGGCCCCCACCACCUCCUGAGGCAAGCCACUACCAGAACAUCCCUCCCUACCCCACCCCUUCCACGGAGGAUCCACACAGCAUUGCUUUUCAGGGGCCACCCAGGCCAGAUGAACAACACGCACCACACAGGCAGCAGAGGCAGCAGGAGCCAAGCUGUGGAGUGCGUGUUGCCAGGAAGGUGAGGCUGAGUUGCUGCUGCCUGGCCAUUCCAAUAGUUCUGAUUGGACUGGCGAUGAUGAUCGUCUGGCCGGCUGCAAUCAGCACUUAUCAAGCACUACCAUCAAACGUCACUGUGCUCACAGGAUUGGUGUUCCUUAACCCCUUAAACACGUUACUGAGGGGAGGGAUGACAGUGAGCAUGGAUGCUAGCAGUGUACCAGACCCCUCCUUCCUGCGUACCAAAGCCUACUAUGGUCCAAUGCCCUCCCAGUACAAUGGAAGCUACAAUUUUCAUCUCCCUAGCACUCCAGUCACUCCUAACGACUCGAGCAAUACCUUCUACAUGACUCCGUACAUAUUUGAAAUGGGUAGAAUCAACGGCAGCUUCACUCUAACAUUCCCUCCCCCACCAAGAGACAUGAUUAUAGUAACUGUCUUUGUCUUUAACAACUACAUGGAUGCUAAACACAGAAACAUCGAUAGCAACACCUGUUCCAGUGGUGAAGUAGAUGCGAUUGGUCGCUGGGACUACUCGUACAAUUCAACCGGCGACACUUGUGGCAAAACUAAUUCUCUAUAUGGACCUAAUCGAUACUUUCUCGUAGAGUUGGUGGAUACUAGAGAUCGUUAUUUCGAAAAUUUCACGUUUUAUCCAGAUGUCCAUAUUUCAACGUACGGUACUUUGAAUAUUUCUAAUUUGAAUACUUUUGAAUGUACACCGAGUUCAAAGUCCGUGACUUGUGAUGUUCCCUACGAAUCAUUCUUCCCGGAAACACGUCACGAUAAUCAUGUCUUCAUCUCCACUGACUAUGUCAUUCACGCAUAUUACAAUUACAAUACUAUUCUAACACUCACGGUACAUGAGUGGUAUCGAGGUGAUGUCAUCGGAUAUUUCGCUCUACUGGUUUUGGUGAUAAUUAUUUUUGUUGUGGCGAGUUACGUCGAUUACCCGAAGCUUUGGGCGAGGCUCACUAGGCGACCACAGUGUGACUGUGUGUGCGGGAGGUGGGCGGUGAUUAAGAUGAGACGAGGCUUCAGGUUUCUAGCUGGGGAGGACGAGGAACAGGGACUACAAGAUGGCGGUGGGAGGUUACAACAUGAGAACUAAACUACUAUUGCAGUGUGUGUGUCAUUGCAGUGUGUGUGUCAUUGCAGUGUGUGUGUCAUUGCAGUGUUUACAUUCAUUUUUGUAGUUUUUCCUAUACUUUAUACGAUGUGGUUUAUUCAGAUCCCACUCAUUUUGUAAUGCUGACUUGUGCUGAUGUAAUCUUAUAAUGACAUGA